CUAAGAUGGGGUGAUGGACUCGGUGUUUGUUCUGUGGGGAGCCAGGGGAUAAGUAGGUGACGGGGUAAUGGCAUUACGUACAAUCACAGUACAAUUACAAUCACCGUACAGUUACAAUCACGGUACAAUUACAAUCAGCGUACAAUUCAGGGAGUGUCCCGGAAGCUGCUGUAGUAUGUACAGUAUAAGAUUGUAUCAGCUGAAGCACUCAUCUCUUGUUAUAGCGUAUAUGGAAGUAUUAGUAUGAUUAUAGGAAUGGUUAAAGGGAAUAACAGUCUUGAGGAAGUAAGUUAGACGGUUUGAGAUGAAAUAGUAAAAGAUCUGUAUAAUUGUAUGGUAUGGUAUACUGAUAGUGUAAUAAAGCGAAUGAUAACCUUGUAUAAUAAAUGAUCAACUAAAUGAUAGUACAAUGAUUGAUAAAGUGAAAGAUAAAGUAGUACAAUGAUUGAUAAAGUGAAAGAUAAAGUAGUACAAUGAAUGAUAGUGUUGUACAAUAGAUGAUAGUUUAGUACAGUAAAUGAUAGCCUUGUAUAAUUUGAUAGUAUAGUAUAGUAUAUUAUAGUACAGUACGGUGAAUGAUAGUAUAGUACGG